GCGCACAGCUUCGGCCGCCAUCCUCUAAACAAGUCUUCUUUGAGCUCCCUGCUAGGAAAGGCUUUCUUCAGAUAUAAGGUGAAUUGCUUUCAAAGCAUUUUAUGUAAUUCAGAGAAAUUUAAUCUCUAAUUACCUUCAGUAUCUAACAUGGCGGGCACACUCAGUGUUGUUCGCUUUGGAAAUGUCCCCAAUGCAAGCCACUUGAUCAACAUCAGUGCACCAAUUUGCCACCCGGCCUUAACUACAGAGUCAGUUGUUCUUUUCACAUUUGGCGCUAUUGGUAUGGCUGCGAAUCUGUUCUUGAUGUGUUUGAUUGCUACGAGAAAGUCCCUGAGAAGGUGGUCUCAAGGACUUCUCUUUCAUCAAGGAUUGGUCGAUUUUCUAAGGGCAGCCCUUCUUAUUCCCUUAGGCAUUAGCGUUUUCCUAUGUCAACGCAUGCCAAGAUGCUCCGUCGUGGAAACAAUCUUUUUGCUGUUGGUAACAGUGUCAACCAUCAAUAUGCUCACAUCAGUCAUAAAUGAUGCCCCUCUAGUUCCAGAGCAAAUCGAGCUCAACAAUGGGGAUACUGAUGCACUCUAUGGCAACUCUGAGAACCAUCGUGGGGUACAUGAUAGUCCCCAAUGCAUCAUUUUUGGAAUUUUCAUUAUUUGGUUUGCGAGUCUCACUAUCAACUUAGGUCCCACGUUUUUGAGCGGUGCUCUGUCUUCAGCCAGAGAAGGUGUUACCUCGAUAGAUGCAUGCCCAAUGGUCUAUGCUCCAGUUCGCCAUUACGUUCUAAAUGUUCUGUGGGUAAGCGUCAAUGUGAUGUGCAUCAUUCUGACAAUCAUCCAUUUGCGCAAGCUUUACAAAGAUCUCACCAAAUCUAAUCUCGAAGCUAUGAGAAUCGCCGGUUUAGUUUCCAACAUGCUAACUGUAAGAUGCGAAGCAGGUCUCUCUGAAGCGGAGCAUAUCCAGAACCACAUCGAUAGAUUGGAGAAAGAAGGCAUCAGCCGAGUGAAGAUGUUCGUUGUUCUCGUGGCUGCGUAUUUGAUUUUCUGGGGUCCGUUAUUUGUGAUAAUCGUGAUCCAACCCGGAAUCAGUGGGCCAACUUUUGCCUAUGAAUUGGCCUUGCAUUUAGCAUUUGCUCAUACCUUUGUGAAUCCUAUUUUGAUCACGGUUCUCCAUAAGCAGAUGAAGAAAGAAAGUGGUCAUGUUUGCUGCUGCUACUGCUUAUCCUGUCUGGAGGAGCGAGCUUCGUCCUCAUUCGGGCCGAGUCCAGCUACUGGACGAAUGAAUACAAGUUAUUUGGAGGAAAUUGAAGCUAACACUCUAAAUAAUCGCCCAGCGAUCAGGCGUCAUGCUGAAUACAGGACAAAGGAAUGCAGUCCCAUACGGAGCUUAUCUUUGAUUCAAGCACAGCGUGCGAUUGAUAUGAGUGUACUGUAAGAGUUUGUUGUGAAUCAACAGCAAUUCUGAUCCGAUUUCUGCUCCUUUUAUUAAAUAGAAGAUCAUAAAUGGCAAAUAUAUCUAUUGUAUGUACCAGUUUCAAAGAGAAGGAACAUCAUUAAAAAACUGUUUUCAAGAAAAGUAAUUUACGAAACUGUACAGAUUAUUAUUCUUGGCUUUGAAAAUUCAC